GAUGCUGAGGAGAGAUGUGAGGGACUUAUUAAGAGUAAGAUUCAGCUGGAGGCCAAACUCAAAGAGACAAAUGAGAGACUGGAGGAUGAAGAGGAAAUCAAUGCUGAGCUCACUGCCAAGAAGAGAAAACUGGAGGAUGAAUGUUCUGAGCUCAAAAAGGAUAUUGAUGACCUGGAGCUUACCUUGGCCAAAGUGGAGAAGGAGAAACACGCCACUGAGAACAAGGUGAAGAACCUGACUGAGGAGAUGGCCUCUCAGGAUGAAAGCAUUGCUAAGCUGACCAAGGAAAAGAAAGCCCUGCAGGAGGCUCAUCAGCAGACUCUGGAUGACCUGCAGGCUGAGGAAGACAAAGUCAACACUCUGACCAAGGCCAAGACCAAGCUUGAGCAGCAAGUGGAUGAUCUUGAGGGUUCUCUGGAGCAAGAGAAGAAGCUGCGUAUGGACCUUGAGAGAGCCAAGAGGAAGCUCGAGGGUGAUCUGAAAUUGGCCCAGGAAUCCAUCAUGGAUCUUGAGAAUGACAAGCAGCAGACUGAUGAGAAAAUCAAAAAGAAGGACUUUGAAAUCAGUCAACUCCUGAGCAAGAUUGAAGACGAGCAGUCAAUGGGUGCUCAGCUCCAGAAGAAGAUUAAGGAGCUUCAGGCCCGUAUUGAGGAACUGGAGGAGGAGAUUGAGGCUGAGCGUGCUGCUCGUGCCAAGGUUGAGAAGCAGAGAGCUGACCUCUCCAGGGAACUUGAGGAGAUCAGCGAGAGGCUGGAGGAGGCCGGUGGUGCUACUGCUGCUCAGAUUGAGAUGAACAAGAAGCGUGAAGCUGAGUUCCAGAAGCUCCGUCGUGACCUUGA